AUGGCGCAAGAGGACAAACGGAACAAGGGAGGGUGGGCCAACCGUUUCCCAACUCUCCUUCCGCCCUCCUUCUCCGCUCCUUUCCCCCCCUCGUCAUCCCCCUUCCCCCUGAAACUAUGGCAGCGGGUGUUCUGCUCAUGGAAAAAGAAGGACACGCGGAACAUCGGGGGGCGUGCCAAUGCUCUCAUUGCUGCUAUCCGUGAUGUGCCAGACACCAAGGAGGACGUGUACCGGGCUCUCGACGCAUGGGCGGCCUUCCAGCUCGACUUUCCCCUGCUGGCCGUGAAACGCGCGCUGAGAAUCAUGCAGCAGGGAGGCGAGUGGAAGAGGAUACUGCAGGUGUGCAAGUGGAUGCUGGCAAGAGGGCAGGGGCGAACAUUCGGCACGUAUGAUUUGAUGAUGGAGGCCAUGGCUGCCACGGGGCGCCAUGCUGAGCUGGACGGCACGUGGGAACGAAUCAUGGGCCGCCACCUGGACACGGUGCCGCGAGCCACGUUUGCACGAGUGAUGAGCCUCUACACGCAGCAGGGACGGCCGUUGAAAGUGCUCGAGGUGUAUGGCAGCAUGAUAGAGCUGGGAGUGAAUCUGGACGAGGGUAUGGUGAUGCAGGUGCACAGGGCGCUGAUUAACAUCGGGGCAGAGCAGAGAGCAGAGGCACUGCUGCAGGAGCACCAGAGCGUUUUGACUCCACCAGUUGGGAAGGCUGUUAGGGCUGAGAAAGCCUCCAGUAGUGCUAGAACAUUACCGGUAUGA